AUGGGAUCUACUGCUUCAAAACCAGAGACAAAAGUCUUUACGCCCACCACUCCCGUUGAUUUCAGUUCAACAUUCUUAUCACAAUUGGAACAAUCUCCAGAGUCUGAUUAUUCUCGAGCUCAAUACACUGAGAAAUACAUUCAAGAUAGAGUAGCUGAAGAAUUGAAAAAAUUAGAAGCACAAACGAUAAAGAAUUUCAAACAAACUACCAAUGAUGCAAUCUUAAAAGACAAGAGUAAUAAACCAGGUCUUUCAGUGACUGAAUCAAAUGCUAAAAUUGCCAAACUAACUCAAUUGUUGCAAGAUAAUGCCAAAUUGGAACAAAUCAACAUAACUCCAGAAUUGAAGGAUUCAAGAGAAAAUGUAAUUAAAUGUUUAAAAGAUAAUCAAGGCAAGAGUCUCAAUUGUUGGGAUGAAGUUGAAACUUUUAGAACAUUGGUAAGAAACUUAUAG